AUGGGUUUUGCAGCUAAGAGCUAUUGCUCACUUCUUUGCAUGUUGGUUCUGUUAAUCACAAUUUGUUACUCCCAGGAAGAUUAUGCAUCCUCUAAAGCAACCUAUAGCGGCAGCCCUGGUUGUUUCGAACGUCCAAGUGGGGCUUGCGGGUAUGGUGAAUUUGGACGAAAAGUCAAUAAUGCCAACGUGGCAGGGGUUUCUAUGCUAUACAGGAAUGGAUCUGGCUGUGGUGGAUGCUAUCAUGUUAGAUGCAAGAUACCCAAAAUUUGCAGUACUGAUGGAGUGAGGGUAGUGGUCACAGAUUACGGUGAAGGACAUGGGACAGACUUCAUCCUCAGCGACCGUGCCUAUUCAAAAUUGGCUGUUCCAAACGCAGCCUUGGAGUUGUUUCCUUAUGAUGCAGUCGACAUUGAAUACAAAAGAAUUCCUUGCCGGUACCCAGGUUACAACCUCAAGCUCAAGGUUCAUGAGCAAAGCAGCUUCCCGGCAUACUUGGCUGUGAUUAUAUUGUACCAAGCUGGUGUAUAUGACAUCACUGCUGUGGAAGUGUGGCAGGCAGAUGACCUAGAAUGGAGAUGCAUGAAGAGGUCCUUUGGUACAGUAUGGGACCUACCCAGCCCACCAUCAGGUCCACUUACAUUCAAGGUCCAAGUGAGUGGCAACGGAUGCACAAAAUGGGUGCAGAUGACUAAUGUUGUUCCCAAUAAAUGGAAGGCUGGGGAUGUGUAUGACACAACCAUUCAGCUGUCUUAA